AUGGACUCAACCCGGCUGAAGCCGAGAGAUUCGGGGAAAUUCAUUGCAUCCAAAUCGGAAAACGUUUCGAUUUUGGAGGAUGGAGUCAGGAAAGCGGCUAGAUUGAUCCUUAACGCGGUGAAAGAUGGUUCAAUGGAGAAAGUUCAAUUCGCAGCCCAAGAUGUUCACCCAAAAGGUGGAGGAACAAAAGCUGUUGAUUGGGUCUUCCUCUUAGAUACAAUCAACUUCUCGUUUUGGCCGGAUGAGGGAAAAAGUUACGAAGUUUUAUGGAAAGAGAAAAAGUACACGGGAUAUUUCGCUGCUUGUGCUGCAGUGAACAAAGCUCUCGAGAAGGGAAUUCCGGUGACAAGCGCCGAAUGGAUGGCUAAAGCUUCUCUUCAAGAUUUGGAGGAGAUUUUCCGAUCUGAUACUCCUCCAUUUGCCAUGAUUCCACUUUUCGAGGAGAGACAAAAAGCGAUCAAUGAUUCGGGAAAAGUUCUUUUGGAGAAAUUUGAUGGAUCUUUCCACAAUGUUGUGAAGAAAUGCGAUCAGAGUGCGCAAACACUUCUCCAACUGAUUGUCGAAAAUUUUGUCUCUUUUCGGGAUUUCGCCGAGUUCCAUGGACAGAAAAUUUCUUUAUUGAAAAGAGCGCAAAUUUUGGUUCUUGACGUGUUUGGUGCAUUGGAGGGACAUCCUGAGGCCAACUUUGGAGAUAUUGAUUCUCUCACAAUGUUCGCCGAUUAUCGUGUGCCCCAGGCAAUGGCUUUUCUUGAAGUACUCAAGUAUUCUGAUCAAUUAUUGGAAAAAUUGAAGAAAAAGGGACGAUUGAUGGCCGCUGGUGAUGAGGAAAUUGAAUUGAGAGGAUGUAGUAUUGAAGCGUGUGAGCGAAUUGUGGCCUCGAUUGAAGAACUUCGAGUGAACGAAGAAGAGUAUCAACACUGUAGAAAGGUGACAUCGGCUGAUGUGGACGUCUUUCUGUGGAUGUACAGAAGAGCGCAUGCAGAGAAAGUUGAGGAAGCUGUACCCAUGCAUCGGACGAGGACUAUUUACUAU